GCGCACACAGCUGGUGCAGCCACUCCGCACACCCUGCUCCUUCCACCUCUCAUUCUGUACCUGAUACUGCGUCAAGCGAGCACAUGUUUGACGCGGAUGAACUCGAGCCAGCCAUCAGUCCGGUCAGCACGGAGAGCGCCGUCAUCGUCAUUGGGGCUACAACACAGCAGCGCUCCGUCAAGCCGGCUGUACCUCACCAUAACAUGUUUCAUCCGCACAGCGCACCACCACAGGUUUACGUGUUUUCCGCUUUCCCGGGCAAGAUCCUACGGUCGCAGACCGAGGUUGCGACACAGCUUGAGGCGGAGGCCGCGUCCACAUCCCAAACUCGACUCGAAACAGUGUCGGGGCCCACCGUACCGCGUCAGGACGGCGAGCAGAAUACGGCUACUGUCCUGUACGACGAUGGCGACGACGUUUCGGACGAGACUGUUGACCGCGCGUCGCUGUCCUCGCUAGUCUACGGCUCCGACAUUCUGCAGGUGACACCAAGCAAGCGGCGGGCGGACGGCGCAGUGCACGCCUCACCUGCGCCGACUCAGACGAGCUUCGCGCUCUCUUCAUGCAGCUCACGUCGGACUACAUACCGUCUCUCGCAUAGCCCCUCUAUCAUGACGACUAAGAGCUCGACCGAGUCGUCUGCUGAGUGGGACGACGGCAUGCCGCGCUCUGCCGUUACGCCCCGCAGCUCUACCAGGCGCCAUGCGCUGCUCUCGCCACUGGACUCCGCAUCUCCAUCGUCCUCGACUUCGAGACACUUCUGGCGGCGGCGUUCCUCAACACGUGCGCGCGCCUUCAGUGCCAGCAUCGUCACCGGCACUGCAGACACGGAGCUUGCACCAGUACGCGAGAGCUCGCCUGCACCUGGAGCGCAGUGGCUCCCUUCUCCAGACGCCGGUGCUGGUAACAACAGCACCAGGAAGCUCCGCAGGAGGACAUUCGGACAAAGCGCGCGUUUCUCGCGCCGUAUGACGGCCUCGUCCAGCAGUCUGAUCGAGAGCCCAACCAGCGAGCCUGUUCCGCCGCUCCCUACUUCUGUCCUGCCCUCUGUACCGCCCGCGAUCCCGCCUGCUGUCCUUCCCAGCCAUCCGCCGAGCACACCGAGCUCGACACGCCGAUACGCGCUCCCCACCCUCGCGGUGCCCGUGCCCAAGGUCUACGUCUCGCUCGCGUCUCCAGCCACAUUGCCGCUGUUCACCUCCGCAUCAGUCCCGGCAGCGCCGGCGCAGCCACAGACCGCCACCGACAGCACAUUCGGACUACCGGCGAGCGCGGGUAUGGUGAAAGGCCCGCGUCCCCCGCCCUCUGUGCACCUCUCGGGCGGCGCACUGCAAGAGCGUCGCGACGCAAACACGCUGAGUGAGAUCUCACGCCACCGGCGGACUAAUAGCUCGCCGUCGGAGUACUCUCAGGAGUCGCAUGCCAGCUUGGAGACCGUCCGGCGGCCGAGCAUGCAGUGGUAGAACAGCCCGGAGGCAAAGAUCGGAAACGUUACGAGACGCUUCAAACAGACAUUAUACCGGUUGGCGAUGAUUUCGCUGCUGGACGAACGGUUAUGUCUAUGACCACUGCAGGAUUAUUACCUAGGCUAUGAAUGGCUUAUAAUUUCAUGUACUUGCGUACAUUAUGUGCAAUAUUGCAUGGACUUUUUUAUAGCUUCAUCUUUCUAGUAGC